AUGCCACCAAACCAAGAACCAGAAGCCGGCUAUGAAAAGUGGCUAUUCCUCGAAUACUUUCCCGACAAUACCCUCUGGAUCAACAAGCCCACACUAGAUGACAUUAGAGCUACUACGCAGCUCGAACAGAACAAAACCAGCAGUGCAGCACCCUACAUCGUCUCCUCCGAUACCUCCCCAAAAACCGUCGAAUACAUAUCCGACAAUCCGGAAUUCCUAGGGAAACAUGUCCGAAUUUUCUACAACAGGAAAUACCGCAAACUAGUCAUCAAGCUCGUACAUCACGCCCAUGAAGUAGCGCGCAGCCUGAUAUCCAGAGAAAUCGACAUUGCAGCAGACCGCAUGAGCAUCGUCAACGGCCUCGUACCCGAUGGCUCAAAGUGUGUCGUAUCAGGUCAAUAUACGAAAGAACCUGCUUCCUCCUGGCGCCCAGCCACACUCCCUCCAUCCAGGGACGCAAAAUGGCCCUCCUUGGUGGUUGAAUGCGGAGACCUAAAAUCUAUCACCAAACUCCGCAUCGAAGCUGAAUGGUGGCUCACCAAGUCCCAAGGAGAUGUGAAAGUCGCCAUUGUACUCAUCGUAUGGCCAACCUGGUCAGGGAUAUCACUGGAGAAAUGGGUUCCGGAUCCCAAUGGGAAUUCGAAUCCUAAUGAUAGUGCGACUGGUACAGCGAAGUGCAUUCAAGAAAUUGGGUUGCAGUGUAAAGCAAGAAAUACGGCUAGUAUAGAGAUUAGUGGAGGAUCGUUGAGACUUGGAUUUGAGGAGGUGUUUUUGAGGACUCCUAGUUCCCCGAGGGAGCGUGAUAUUAUUGUUAGUGAGGAAGCAUUGAAGUCGAUAAUGGGCUUGGUAUAUGAUGAAUUUGUUAUCUAG